ACACACACACACACACAGAGUAUAUAAGGCUCAUGUCUGUCACUCUGCUGUCAGUUGGACUCUGCUGUAUCUCAGGAUGGAGGAGACCUACGUCAGACAUGUGGAGCUGUUGGGCUUCGAGAAACGACUGUACCCGAGUCAGCAUUACGUGUACAUGCUGAUGGUGAAAUGGAGCGACCUCACCGAGAAGCUCAUCUACAGGACGUAUCCUGAGAUCCACACCUUCCACAAAUCGCUGAAGGAGAUGUUUCCCAUCGAGUCCGGUCAAAUAGAGAAGAAGGACAGAAUCAUCCCGUCGUUACCGGCGCCGCGGUGGUUGGACAGCCAGAAGUCGACGGAAACCCGACAGAGCACGUUGGUGGAGUACUGCCAGUCCCUCAUCAACCUGCCGGCUCACAUCUCCCGCUGCAAACACCUCACCAACUUCUUCAAGGUCCGACCAGAGGACGAAAACCCGCCUGCCGCAAACACGCUGAAAAGAAACGAGACGUUCGUGGUGUCCAGGGAGGCAGCCAGAGGCAACGCGUCCGAGAUUUCGGGCCCGAUCAUACUGGACACCUACAGAGUGAUCGCAGACUUCGCCAAGACGUCCAAACACGAGAUCAAUCUGCACACCGGAGACCUGGUGGAAAUCGUGGAGAAGAACCAGAACGGUUGGUGGUUCUGCCAGUGCGAGUCCAAACGAGGCUGGGUUCCCGCGUCCUACCUGGAGCCUCUGGACAGUCCGGAUGAGUCCGAGGACGCCGAACCAGACUACGAAGGAGAGCUGCACGUCACCGUCAGAGCCUACAAGGCGGAGCAGGAGGACGAGAUCUCUCUGGAGGUCGGAGAAACCAUCGAGGUCAUUCACAAGCUGCUGGACGGCUGGUGGGUCGUCAGGAAAGGAGACGAGACCGGUCACUUUCCCUCCAUGUUCCUGCACAAGGCCGGUAAGAGAGAGAAGUACGAGGCGGAGAGGACGGCGGUGCAGGGACAGAAACCGCCACCUCGCAGGUCCACCAUCCGAAAUGCAAAGAGCAUCCACAACAAGUCACGCCGGAGGAUGAGCCAGGAUGUCUACCGCAGGAACAGCCGCCGGUACCUGGAGCAGAAGGGGGGCCGGGCCGAGGCGCAGAGGAACUCCAGGAGCGCCGCCAAGUCACCGCUGAGGGAGAGGAAGAACCAGGACAACAUCCCCGAGCAGUCGAGCUCCAGUUCGGAGAGCGAGCUGAAGAAGGAGGCUCCGGUGAUCCCUCCCCGGCCGAGUCCGGAGCUCAUCCUGGAGCGCUGCAGCGACAACACCCGCAAGAGAGUCAGCGUCCACAAGACCCGGUCCAGCACCAGCUAGCCUGCAGAUUCACCGUGUGGGUUAACAAUCGCCAUGAAGUCGUCUCUGAGAGCUUUUUCUUCUUCCUUAAUUUGUUGCGGGUAGUUCUGGUCAUUUCAGUAAAAAGUGUGGAAGCUAUUUUUUAAUUAAUUGUGACUUUAAAGAUGUUUGUGUUUUUCUUCUUGUCAAAAAAUCCCACGUAAAGACCAAAAUCAACAUGUUAGCUUCUUUUAAAAAACACCUCACAGAUAUACAGUUGAACUCAGAGCUGCAACCAUCAGUUGGUUAAUCGAUUAGUUGUCGACUAUUAAAUUAAUCACCAAAAUAUUUUAAUUAUAAAUAAAUUGUUUUGAGGCAUUUUUUAAGAGAAAAUGACAAAAAAUUCUCUGAUUUCAUUUUCUCAAAUGUGAAUAUUUUCAGGUUUCUAGUAAAAUGAAUAUAUUUAUUUGCAAUUUUAACUGUCAUUGCAAGAAAGAUCCUAAAAACAUUGACAUUUUUCAGAAAACCUUCUGUGAAAUCAGCCAUUUACGCUGCACAAGCCCCUGUGAAAUCCCAGAGGGGCGGCUUUAGGUUUUGGGAAAUUUUCUUUUAAUCAAUUAAUCAAGAACAUUAUUGUCAGUUGCAGCCGUAGCUUCAUAUUUUAAACCCGCAGCUCACCGUAGUUUUUAUCAAACAGGGUGGAUUAAUCCAAAAAACACAAUAACUGUGGAUUUGGUCUUUUUAUGGGAUUUAUUGACAAGAAACUGAAGAAUAUCACCGCCUGUAUGUUUGGAAAAGCUUUACUUUGGUGCCAUCUGGUGGUCGUUUGGAGAAUAACACAGAGUCAUACAGCAGUACAAGCUAAAUAAAAUAAAAGCUAAAGUAAAAGUAAAAGCUGAAUGCAUUUCAUUGCAGUGUGUUUGGAGGUUUGCGGGGGAAGAACAGUAAUAUCUCUGUUUGUAAUUUAUGUGUGGAAGCAUUUCGAUCGAUUUCCCAGCAUGCAAUCUGUAGAGCUUUUUUUGUUUUUAUUUAUUUGCUUAAUGUACAGCAUUUACACAAUAAUACAAUUUUGCAUUUAAGCUUUUAUUUCUGCGGCAGCCAUGACUGUUUCCUCAAAUAUUAAAGAUGUCAGCUAAUAACACAUUCACUGGAACUUUUACCCAUUAAAAUAUACCUCAGACUAAA